AUGACUGCCAAGUGUCCCAUGAUCCAAUUUCAUUGUGCUCCGCGGAGCACCAGAACCAUACUCUUCGUCUACUCCGAUCUCUAUCUCCGUUUCUCUAUUCCCAGCUUCUCCCGGCGCCGUUGCCGCCAAAUCCACCGUCCGUUAUUCAAAUCAACGGCCACCAUUCAUCCUUUCAGCAGCUGCUGCUGCUGCCGCUGCUCCGAUGGAGGUCUGAUAAACCCUAGGUCUAUCUACGAGUACAUACUGAACCGCUCGGCGUUGAUCCAGUGGGCGCCAUCAAGGAGGCUGCUCGCCGGCGGGGUCCGGCGAUGUCGGCUUGUGCCGCGGAGUUCCGAUGGGGGAUUUCGAGAGAUGAUCGCUCUCCUGGCUGAGUUUGAUGGAGUUUGUGGCGAUUCUAGUGGUUUCAGUAAUGAUUUUCAGCGUCGAGAGAGUGGGGUUCGGCUGAGGAGGGAUCGGUCGGGGUUUUCUUGUUAUUCCAAGGAAUCAUGGUCUUCGUCGGAGGAUUACGAGUGUGGAGACGAAGGGCGAAGAAGGGAAGGGUAUGAAUCCUCUGGAAAUUAUAGAAAGCGUGUAGGUUUUGAGAAUGCUGAUGAGAAAGUUGGAAGGCGUGAAAAUGGAGCUCGAAGAGUGGUGCGGAGUUCUGGGAUGCGAGAUGAUGAGAAAGAGAGGUCUUCGAGUUCAAGAAAGGUGUCUGCUUGGAAAGCCAGGGAUGAAGAAGAGAAGGCUGAUUUUUUGGUUGAUUCUUAUAGUGAACAUCGAGAAAAUUAUACUGAAGGUGGGCGGCAGAGAGAGACAUCUCAGAAGCAUGGUAGGAUGUAUGCUGGAGAUCAGGAAGAGGUGAAGAGAGUAUCAGAUUCAAAGAGGAAUUCGGGAGUGAAGAUUAGGAAUACGAAGGAGGGGUCUUGGUCGAGGGAUUCCGGCUAUGAAGAAAGGGAAAAGCAUAUUCAUGAAGGGGAUAGUGUUAUUGGUAGAAGAGAUGCCCAAAGAGAGAGUAAUAAAUCAGGGAGAAUAACUGAGGUUCGUGAGGAUAAUGGAACAAUGGCUUCAAGUUCUAACAAUUUGGUUGAUGCCAGGUUCAGCUCUUCUUCUGCAGUGAAAAAUCACAACAAAGAAGACCGUCGAGUUGCUGAGCAUGCUGAAUUGAGUAUGAAUUCAGGAAGAUUUGCUGAAGCUGCUGCUGAAAUCCAUGGCACUGGAAUUGAUAGGUCAUCCUUUUCGCAGAAAAGGUUUGAUGAAACAAGGGUGCGGAAUAGGCAAGAUGAAUCUUCUUCAUAUCAGCAUUCAGUUCAGGUGGAGGGCAGCGAGAGAAGGCGAGCAAACCAACAUUCACUUGAACAAGUUGAUCUUUCCAAGCAAACCACUCAAUAUGAAGGUCAUGCUAAAGUGUCAGGCUUCUCUCAUUCUCAGAAGCAGUGUGAAGAAACACAGCUGAAGGAUAUAGAGGAAAGUUCUACGGCUAAUCAGAAAACAGUUCAGUUGACAAGAGAUACUAGAACUAGAUUGGAUCAACAGUCAGUGAAAGAAAUCAAUUUAACCAAGCAAGCCCUUCAUUAUGAAGACCACACUGCUAAUUUAUCGAGGAAUUCUCAAUCUCAGAAUUAUUUUAUUGAUUCAAGAUUGGAGGAUGUUGAAGACAAAUCUACUUCAGUUCAACAAACAGUUGAGUUGACGAGAGAUGAUAGAAGGAGAUUGGAUCAACGGACAAUGGAGAGAGUGAACAUAAAUAAGAAGUAUGAAGACCACACUGAUAUUUCUGGUGUUGUUUCAAGUGAUACUGAAAGAAUUAGAAAUUCACAAAAGCAUGUUGCAGCUAAAUUGUAUGAUCAGGACAAAGGCUCAACUCAUGGGGCAAGAGAACACAAUAAUCAGAGCAAUGAUCGGCUCAGCCAACCGUACAGUUCAAGACAAGAAUUUGAAAGAUACUCCCAAAUCUAUGGGAGUUCAAGGAGCAACAUGCAACAGACUUUUGGUUACCAAGGUAGUUCUAAGUCGGGAACUGAAGACAGCGAAGGAAGUUCGUUGUUUGUGCUGACACAUGAUGUGAAGGAUAAGCAAGGCACAUUUAUUCAAAGGAGUUCACAAUCAAGGGGAACACAGACAAUUUUUAGUGGAAGUUCAGAGAGCAGUUCUGCCUCUGGACGCAGAAAAUUUCUAGAGCAAGUUGAGCAAACUAGUACAGAUGAGACGUAUAUCACAAAAACUGAUGUUUUAGAGACUGCCAGUCUGUUUGAUAGAUCCUCUGCGCUCUAUAUCGAUGAGUUUGUUGACAGAGCUAGGCAGGAAAUAUCAGCGUCUGAUCAAUUGGAUAAGGUAACUGGACAUUCUUCUGAGAUUAAGAUCCAAGAAAUUGAUGGGGGAUCGAGUGAAAGAAGUGCUGAUGCUCUGGUUAGUGUUCUUGAUUCCACAUCAAAAUGCAAAGAUGAGAAGCAAGUGCAAGAAAGUGGCAGACAAUCUUCUUCAUCAAGGUCUGGACCAAAAGGACCACCUGAUGAGAUGUGGGAAAUCAGGGGCCCUUCUUUUCAGGACCCAUCCAAGGAAGAUUCUUCACCCAUGGGAAAUGUUGAACCUGGUACAAGAACUGAGAGUGCCAUCACUCAAGGAUCUCGUAGGUCAUUAUGGACUUACAUUGCUGAUAUAAUUCGAAAAGGUUGGGUUUCUAAUGCUGAAUCCCAUGCUGCUACAUUGAAGUCUGGUACAAGAAGCACCUCGAAUGAAUCUGUAAGCAGUGAGGCUUGGUUUUCUGGUAAUGAGCCAGAUGAGGAUGAUUCUGAGAACAAGGAGGAGGGAAAGGGCAACUCCCCCAAAGAGAUUCCCAGUAGAGCCCCUGAUGAUCGGUCGCAUUCCAUAAUUGCUACAAGUACAAAAAGCCCUGAAAUACCAACAGUAGAAGAAAGAGUGAUUUUGUUGGAAGGAGGUAGGACAGCUUCAUUAACGGUUUCAGAAGGCCCUUCUGUUGUUGGUGGACCUGAAUCACCAAGAGUGGAAGAAAGAUUGAAAUUACUGGGAAGAAGCAGAACAGCUCCAUUGAAGGUUUCAGAAGCUGCUUCCCUUGUUAGCAGACCUGAAUCUCUUGGACACCCAAAAAAUGAGAAGGAAAAGGGAGUUUUAUCUUCCAGGAUGAUAGUUGUUGGACAGUCAUCUGCGUCAGUAGUUGAGUCACUGUCACCAACUAUUCAAGAAGAACUAAUUGCCACUGAAAUGACAAAGUCUGAAGAGGAGCUCAAAAUAGAAAAAGCUCCUGAGGUUGAGACCAUGGGAAAAGACAUGGAAUUGAAGAGGCGGAGACUUCAUAGGAAUAAGCAAGUAUUAAAAGAAACAUUUGAAGAAUGGGAAGAAGCAUAUAAUCUUGAAUCUGAACAGAGGAAAAUUGAUGAAUUUUUUAUGAGGGAGGCUCUUUUGGAAGCUAAGAAGGCUGCAGAUUCAUGGGAGGUGCCAGUUGGGGCUGUUCUAGUACAGAAUGGGAAGAUCAUUGCUCGUGGCUGCAAUCUAGUGGAAGAGGCCAGAGAUUCAACAGCACAUGCUGAGAUGAUUUGUAUACGAGAAGCCUCUAAUGUUCUUCGAACUUGGCGCCUAGCGGAUACAACAUUGUAUGUGACGCUUGAACCAUGUGCAAUGUGUGCUGGGGCUAUUCUUCAGGCUAGAAUCGAUACUUUGGUCUGGGGAGCUCCUAACAAACUCCUUGGAGCUGAUGGCAGUUGGGUCAGAUUAUUUCCUGGUGAUGGAGGAAGUAACAGUCUAGAUUCGUCAACUGAAGCAGGCCCUGUUCACCCAUUCCAUCCAAAGAUAACCAUUAGACGGGCAGUCCUCGCAGCAGAGUGCGCAGAUGCCAUGCAACAGUUUUUCCGAUUGAGAAGAAAGAAAGACAAGAAACCGGAGCAAUCACCAUCAUCAUGCUUACCAAUUACCGCCCGUCCACCAAAAUUUCUCACCAAGAUGCAUGACCUUUUUUGUAUUAUGUUUUGCUUGUAACUACGACACUCCUUACCAGAGCUGUUUCAGUAGUACAAGAAUUGCUGUUUCCAUGUCAAUGUCCCUUUCAUCACUAGCGAUUUUUUGAAUAAAUUUCAGUUUCCUUCGGUCAAUUACAGUACAGUUUAGUUUCAUACUUGAACCUGCGUUUUGAUUUUGCUGUUAUAAAUAGUGUCUUCUUCUUUACAGAUGAUGCUUGUUGUUAAACAGGGACCAAGAUGAGAUCCUCUUCAAGAGCACCGGCUACUCUUUUUUCUCCAGAAGAGAAUAAAAUGCCUUCAGGUGGCUUAAAUUCCAGAGACAGAAAAAAAAAA